AUGUCUUCCACAAUCCGAUCUCUCCUGGAUAUUCUAACUUCUAAUGUCAAUGUCCUUGAACAAACAUGCACCAGCAAUGGUACACAUAUCCCGGACCUACAGGCUCCUUUUCAUCCCACCUCAGAAGACUUCCGCACUGACCCUCGUGCUGCAGAGGCUUCCAGUCUCAUAGUAGCAGCUGCACACCAACUUGCUGCGAUUUUGACUCCUCCUCCUGUAUCCUUGGAGCAUUUCAAAUCUGCUGCAUUGCGUGUAUGUCUUGAAUCCAAUGUCACGGAAAUUCUCCGAGAAGCAGGAACAAAGGGUGCUCAUGUUGAAGAUAUUGCCAGACUCAAUGGUCAAGACCCGCGAAAACUGGGACAAUUUUUGAGGAUUCUUGCUUUACACCACAUAUACCGUGAAAUUACGCCUGAAGUUUUCACAAACACCCGCAUAUCAAGUAUGUUAGACACUCUCAAGCCAAGCCAAGAGGUUCAGGCAGACCCCGAACACAAGCAUGAUAAUACUCCGGGUCUUGCUGCUCUGGCAUCUCAUCACUUGGAUGAGGCAUUCAAAGCCUCGGCUUAUGCAUGGGAGGCUUGUUCUGAACCAUCGACUGCUCAUUCCGGGGCUCCCACAGCAUCUGCAUUUGCAAAAGCAGUGGGCGAUGGAGAAACAUUGUGGCAAUAUUAUAGCAAGCCUCAGCAAAGAUUCCGUGAAAUCCGAUUUGGUAUUGGUAUGAAGGGAAUUGAUGCUCUGCAACCUCCGGAUGCUGUUCUCAAAGCAUAUAACUGGAAGGACCUACCUAGUGGAUCCCUGGUUGUGGAUGUUGGGGGUGGGAUUGGUAGUGUGGCACAAAAUAUUGCAAAAAGUUUUCCUGAGCUUUACUUCGUCAUUCAAGAUCUUCUGGGACCAAUUGAGGAUGGCAAAAAGUGGUGGAGUAAAAAUAUGCCCGAGGCUUUGAGUACAGGACGAAUUUGUCUUGAGGCUCAUGAUUUCUUUACACCACAAUCCCAGAAAAAUGCAGCAGUAUUCAUGAUCAAGCAAAUCCUCCAUGACUGGUCAGAUGAAUACUGUGUAAAAAUAUUGCUAAAUCUUCGUCAAGCAGCGACUCCUAGCACUGUGCUCCUUAUCCUUGAAAGUAUCAUGCCUUAUGCAUGUCAUGAUCCUGCAGGUGAUGAAGAGAACAGCAUUAUAGGUGCUGUCCCUAAUGAAGCUCCGGCUCCUCUGCUGGCCAACUAUGGAGCUAUGAAUGAAAUGGGGUAUCUUUCAGAUAUUGAUAUGUGCCUCUUAUUCAACUCCCAAGAACGUACGAUUCACCACUUUGAUCGCCUGCUCCGGAGCACUGGUUGGAAGCUUACAAUUGUAAACCGUCAGCCUGGUGACAGCACCUACAUGCAAUCCAUGGAAGCUGUUCCUUUCUAAUCAUUGGUCAAAUAUUUCUUCC